AUGGUUCCCACGUUUCUCCCUCUCUUGGAGUAUGCUGAUCCAAGCCACAUGCAUCUUGUAUAUUUGGCUGUUAAAGCACUACAAAAGCUCAUGGAUUAUAGUAGUUCAGCCGUACCUCUACUCAGGGAUCUUGGGGGGGUAGAGCUUUUGUCUCAGAGGUUAGAGGUAGAGGUACAUCACAUCCUUGGGUUGCAUGUAGAGAACAACAGUGACAUGGUAGAUGGUGAAUCCUCAAAAGUAAAUGGUGAUCUCUUGUUAUCCCGGAAGAGACUCAUCAAGGUUCUUCUGAAGUCACUUGGUUCUGCUACGUAUACUCCUGGAAAUGCUAAUAGGUCUCAAAGUUCUCAUGAGAGUACUUUGCCUGCCACUUUGUCGUUANAGCAUUUCAUGAGGGUACCACACUGGAAAGUCAAAACGAGAAGACCGGUUCGUCUCCUGAACCCAACAUCUCUUACUUCCCUAUUUGAAAUGGGUCUCCCCGAAGCAUUUUUGUCUUCAGUUGUAUCAGGUAUACUUCCUUCGUCAAAGGCUCUUGCAUGCAUUCCAAAUGGCUUGGGUGCUAUAUGUCUCAAUAGCAGAGGACUGGAGACAGUUAAAGAAACUUCGGCAUUGCGCUUCCUUGUCGAUGUAUUUACCAGCAAGAAGUAUGUUUUAGCUAUGAAUGAGGCCAUUGUUCCGUUUACAAAUGCUGUGGAAGAGCUUUUGCGUCAUGUUACAUCGCUAAGAGCCACCGGUGUUGAAAUCAUUAUUGAAAUUGUGGAUAAAAUUGCAUGCUUUGGAGAGACUGGUUCUUCAUCAUCCUCUGUAAAUCUGACGGAAAGUACUGCAAUGGAAAUGGAUUCAGAUGUGAAGGAAAUAUCUGGUGUCAGUCAUGAGCAGUUCAUUCAACUCUGCAUCUUUCAUCUGAUAAUUCUGCUCCAUAGAACAAUGGAGAAUUCUGAGACAUCUCGUCUCUUCGUGGAGAAGUCUGGCAUCGAGGCUUUACUCAAGCUUCUUUUACGACCUAGCAUUGCUCAAUCCUCUGAAGGGAUAUCUAUUGCCUUGCAUAGCACCAUUGUUUUCAAGGGUUUUACGCAACAUCACUCUUCUUCUCUUGCUCGUGCCUUUUGCUCUUCUCUUCGCGAUCAGUUGAAGAAAGCUUUAGAAGGACUGCAAGAUCUUUCAGGGACGUUCCUACUGGAUCGAAUUCUUUCUCCCAGUUCAGGAAUUUUUGCCUCUCUUUUUCUUGUGGAAUUUCUUCUGUUUCUAGCUGCAUCAAAGGAUAACCGUUGGGUGAGUGCGUUGCUCUUGGAGUUUGCUAAUGGAAGCAAGGAUGUUCUGGAAAACAUUGGGCACUUGCACCGCGAAAUUCUGUGGCAAUUAGCAUUUCAUGAGGGUACCACACUGGAGAGUCAAAACGAGAAGACUGGUUCGUCUCCUGAGUCAGAGCAAGCAGAAUUGGUUGUAACUGCGACAGAAGGCCAAAGGUUCAAUUCUUUUAGACAGUUCCUUGAUCCAUCUUUUAGAAGGAGGACGGCAGGAUGGAGUGCAGAAUCUCAAUUCUUUGAUUUAAUAAAUCUUUACCGUGAUCUUGGGCGUGCAUCAACCGGUUUUCAACCAAGACCUGUUACUGAUGGUCCCUCUAGUUCAUCAGACGUUUCUGGCAAUAGAGAACAUGAAAAAGAUGGAUCCUAUUAUACAUCUUGCUGUGACAUGGUGAGAUCACUGUCCUUCCACAUCACUUACAUAUUCCAAGAGUUAGGGAAGGCAAUGCUGCUCCCAUCUCGUAGGAGAGAAGAUACAAUCAAUGUUUCUCCGUCAUCUAAGUUAGUUGCGUCAACUUUUGCUUCAAUCUCCCUGGACCACUUGAAUUUUGGAGGCCAUGAGAUUGUUCCCGAGGCCUCAGUGUCAACUAAAUGUCGCUACCUUGGCAAAGUUGUUGACUUCAUCGAUGCUAUCCUUCUUGACAGGCCUGAUUCGUGUAAUCCUGUUCUGAUAAAUUGCUUUUACAGCCGGGGGGUGAUUCAAACAGUUUUGACAACAUUUGAUGCUACAAGCCAGCUUUUAUUCACAAUUAAUAGGAACCGCUCAUCUCCGAUGGAGACUGAUGAUGUUAAAGGAAAGCAAGAUGAAAAGGAAGAUGCAGAUCAUGCGUGGAUAUAUGGUCCACUGGCUAGCUAUGGCAAGCUCAUGGACCAUUUGGUCACAUCAUCGUUUAUCUUGUCACCAUUCACCAAACACUUGCUUGUUCAACCAGUAGAAAGUGGAAAUAUUCCAUUUCCACAAGAUGCUGAGACAUUUGUGAAGAUUCUCCAGUCCCUUGUGUUGAAAGCUGUACUUCCUGUUUGGACUCAUCCACAAUUUACAAAGUGUAGUUAUGAUUUCGUUACCACACUCAUUUCCAUCAUCAAGCAUGUGUAUUCUGGAGUUGAACUGAAAAACCUAGGUGGCAGUGGUAGUGCUCGUGUAACAGGUCCACCUCCUAAUGAAACAACCAUUUCGACCAUUGUGGAGAUGGGUUUCUCCAGAUCCAGAGCAGAAGAAGCCUUGAGACAGGUUGGAUCAAACAGUGUUGAGUUGGCCAUGGAGUGGCUGUUUUCCCAUCCAGAUGAAAUCCCAGAGGAUGAUGAUGAGCUUGCUCGUGCUCUUGCAAUGUCGCUCGGAAAUUCUGAAUCAGAUACAAAGCUGAAUGUUGCAGAUGAAGCUCAACAACAAAUUGAAGCAGAAUUGGUCUCACUGCCACCUGUUGAAGAGCUUAUAACAACAUGUACGAAGCUUUUGCAGAUGAAAGAACCCCUUGCUUUUCCUGUUAGAGAUUUACUUGUAUUGAUAUGCUCAGAAAACAAUGGGGAACACCGAUCUGGUGUUAUAUCUUGCCUUCUUAGUCGGAUUAGGGAUUGCUGUCCCGGUUUCGAUGACACAAAGAACAAUCUGCUAUCUGCUCUGUUGCAUGUUCUUGCUUUGAUUCUACAUGAAGAUGCAGGUUCACGUGAAGUUGCGCUGAAGGCUGGUAUUGUAAGACUUGUAUGUGAUGUACUUUCGAAGUGGGAUUCUGGUAGUAUUGAUAAGGAAAAAGUUAAAGUUCCAAAGUGGGUGACGACCGGAUUUCUUGCCAUUGAUAGGCUGCUACAGGUGGACCAGAAACUAAAUACUGAGCUUAUAGAGGAGUUGAAAAAGGGUGAGACGUCUCUCACCAUUGAUGAGAGCAAGCAAGAGAAGUUGCAAUCUGUUUUUGGUUCUCCACAGCUCAUUGAUGUUGAUGAUCAAAAGAAACUGAUUGAGAUUGCUUGUACCUGUAUCCGGAAUCAGCUUCCUUCUGAAACAAUGCAUGCUGUUCUACAGCUUUGUUCUACAUUGACGAGGAAACAUUCUGUUGCUGUCUGCUUUCUUGAUUGUGGAGGUGUGCAAGCACUGCUUUCUCUACCGAGUAAUAGUCUCUUCCCAGGGUUUGACAGUAUUGCUGCUAGUAUUAUCCGUCACGUCCUUGAAGAUCCCCAAACGCUUCAGCAAGCCAUGGAAUCUGAGAUAAAGCAUGCACUUGCAACACUUUCUAACAGGCACUCAAAUCAGAGAAUAUCUCCUCGCAACUUUCUAUUAAAUGUGAAUUCAGUAAUUACUCGGGACCCAGUCACUUUUAUUCAGGCCGCUCGUUCGAUAUGCCAGAUAGAGAUGGUUGGUGAAAGACCUUACAUCGUAUUAGUGAAAGAAAAAGAGAAGUCAAAAGAGAAAGAGAUGGAUAAAGACAAAGCUGAGAAAGAAAAAUCUCAGACCUCUAAUGACGAGAAAUUGGCAACUACUCCUGCCCCUGGGAGCACCAAGGCAACUAAAGUUCACCGUAAACCUCCCCAGUCCUUCAUUGGUGUUCUUGAGCUGCUUCUGGAUUCUAUCUGUAAUUUCAUUCCUCCUCCAAAAGAUGAUAUGGUUGAAGGUGAUUCAACUUUAGCAGACAUGGAUAUUGAUCUUGCCUCUACAAAAGGGAAAGGCAAAGCUGUUGCCGCUACACCCGAUGAAAAGGAAGCUAAUUCACAGGAUAUGUCAGCUUCCCUGGCUAAAAUGGUUUUCGUUCUGAAGCUUUUGAGCGAGAUGCUGUUAAUGUAUUCUUCAUCAAUCCAUAUAAUACUUCGAAGAGAUGCUGAAAUUAACAGUCUCAGAGGUCCCCAACAGAAGAGUAGUCAAGUAGGUGGAAUAUUUCAUCAUAUUCUUCACAAGUUUAUUCCAUACUCAAGGGUGAAAAAGGAAAAGAAAUCGGAUAGUGAUUGGCGACGUCAAGGACGAACAACUUCGAUUUACAGCCUUCUUGGCAGGACUGGGGAUGGCGCUACUCCUUCACAGCAUCCUCUUUUAUCGGGAUCUGCAUCACUUCCAGCGUCGCAAAGUCAAACAGAGAAUAUGCGUGAUCAUAUCGAUGGAGGUAGGGAUUCCCACAGUAGUUCUGCAUCACGGCUGGAUGCUAUAUUCCGAUCCCUGAGGAAUGGACGCCAGGGACAUCGUUUGAAUUUGUGGGCUGAUGACAGCCAGCAAAUUGUUGGAUCUGGUGCUUCAACCGUACCACAAGGUCUUGAAGAUUUGCUUGUAUCUCAGUUGAGACGACCCAGCUCGGAUAAGCCUUCUGAUCAGAAUUCUUCACUUUUGGAACCCCAAUCUCAGGCUGAGAGUGGGCGGUCCCAGGAGACAACUAUUGGACCUGAAAUUCCAGCUGAAAACACCACUGAUAAUGGAGGUGCCAAUGUGUCUACCCCCUCUGUCGUACCAGAUGCAUCUACUCGGCCUGAUACACAAGCCACUGCUAAUGAUUCUGUCUCAAGCUCACAGUCUCAGUCAGUUGAAAUGCAAUAUGAUCAAAAUGAUUCAACUGUCAGGGAUGUUGAAGCUGUAAGCCAAGAAAGCGGCGGAAGUGGGGCAACAUUAGGGGAAAGCCUUAGAAGUUUGGAUGUCGAAAUCGGAAGUGCUGAUGGCCAUGAUGAUGGUGCCGAAAGGCCUGAGGUACAGCCACCAGCUAUGCGUUCAAGAAGGGCAAAUUUGUCACUUGUGCCAACUUCAGCUGGACGAGAAGCUUCUCUUUACAGUGUUACUGAGGUAUCUGAGAAUUCUGGCCACGACGCUGAGCAGGAUAAUCCUCCAGCAGAGCAACCAGUAAAUAGGGAUGUUAGUUCUGGUUCCAUUGAUCCUGCAUUUUUGGAUGCGCUACCAGAGGAACUGCGAGCGGAAGUCCUGUCGGCUCAGCAAGGACAAGUACCACAACCUUCUUCUACUGAACAGAACAAUACAGGAGAUAUUGAUCCUGAGUUUCUUGCUGCACUUCCUCCUGAUAUCCGAGCUGAAGUUCUGGCACAGCAACAAGCACAAAGGCUUCAUCAGUCUCAGGAACUUGAAGGUCAGCCUGUGGAGAUGGACACGGUUUCAAUAAUUGCAACAUUUCCUUCUGAGUUUGAAGAUGGUAUCAAUGGGCUAAACGUUCUUGAUCACUUAGAGGUUCUUAGAGAUCAUAGAUUUUCCGAUGAAACACUUCAUGUGAUGCCUGUUGAAGUCUUUGGCUCAAGACGUCAAGGACGAACAACUUCGAUUUACAGCCUUCUUGGGAGGACUGGGGAUGGCGCUACUCCUUCACAGCAUCCUCUUUUAUCGGGAUCUGCAUCACUUCCAGCGUCGCAAAGUCAAACAGAGAAUAUGCGUGAUCAUAUUGAUGGAGGUAGGGAUUCCCACAGUAGUUCUGCAUCACGGCUGGAUGCUAUAUUCCGAUCCCUGAGGAAUGGACGCCAGGGACAUCGUUUGAAUUUGUGGGCUGAUGACAGCCAGCAAAUUGUUGGAUCUGGUGCUUCAACCGUACCACAAGGUCUUGAAGAUUUGCUUGUGUCUCAGUUGAGACGACCCAGCUCGGAUAAGCCUUCUGAUCAGAAUUCUUCAUUGGAACCCCAAUCUCAGGCUGAGAGUGGGCGGUCCCAGGAGGCAACUAUUGGACCUGAAAUUCCAGCUGAAAACACCACUGAUAAUGGAGGUGCCAAUGUGUCUGCCCCCUCUGUCGUACUAGAUGCAUCUGCUCGGCCUGAUACACAAGCCACUGCUAAUGAUUCUGUCUCAAGCUCACAGUCUCAGUCAGUCGAAAUGCAAUAUGAUCAAAAUGAUUCAACUGUCAGGGAUGUUGAAGCUGUGAGCCAAGAAAGCGGCGGAAGUGGGGCAACCUUAGGGGAAAGCCUUAGAAGUUUGGAUGUCGAAAUCGGAAGUGCUGAUGGCCAUGAUGAUGGUGCCGAAAGGCCUGAGGUACAGCCAGCUAUGCGCUCAAGAAGGGCAAAUUUGUCACUUGUGCCAACUUCAGCUGGACGAGAAGCUUCUCUUUACAGUGUUACUGAGGUAUCUGAGAAUUCUGGCCACGACGCUGAGCAGGAUAAUCCUCCAGCAGAGCAACCCGUAAAUAGGGAUGCUAGUUCAAUUGAUCCUGCAUUUUUGGAUGCGCUACCAGAGGAACUGCGAGCGGAAGUCCUUUCGGCUCAGCAAGGACAAGUGCCACAACCUUCUUCUAGUGAACCGAACAAUUCAGGAGAUAUUGAUCCUGAGUUUCUUGCUGCACUUCCUCCUGAUAUCCGAGCUGAAGUUUUGGCACAGCAACAAGCACAAAGGCUUCAUCAGUCUCAGGAACUUGAAGGUCAGCCUGUGGAGAUGGACACGGUUUCAAUAAUUGCAACAUUUCCUUCUGAGUUGCGAGAAGAGGUUUUGUUAACGUCAUCCGAUGCUAUUCUUGCAAAUCUUACACCUGCACUGGUCGCAGAAGCAAAUAUGUUGCGUGAAAGGUUUGCUCAUCGAUACCACAACCGAAGUACAAUGUUCGGUAUGCAUCCAAGACUUCGUAGAGGGGAGCCAUCCAGGCGAGGCGAAGGUGUUUUGUCCGGAAUAGAGAGAAAUGAGGGGGUUGCUUCUCGUAGGUCUGCUGCAAAAGUUAUAGAGACUGAUGGAGCUCCUUUAGUCAACACUGAGGCACUCCAAGCAAUGAUUCGCGUUCUUCGCAUAGUUCAGCCUCUAUACAAGGGUCCUCUGCAGAGGCUUUUACUGAAUUUAUGUUCUCAUGGAGAAACAAGGUUUUCCUUAGUUAAUACAUUCAUGGAUAUGUUGAUGCUCGACACAAGGAAGCCUGUUAACUACUCAAGUGUUUCCGAACCACCUUAUCGUCUUUAUGCAUGUCAAAGCAAUGUUACAUAUUCACGUCCUCAGCAUUUUGAUGGGGUUCCUCCUCUAGUGUCUCGGCGUGUUCUUGAGACAUUGACAUAUUUGGCUCGAAAUCAUAUGUACGUAGCAAAAAUUCUGCUUCAGUCCAGGCUUUCACUGCCUUCCUUGCAAGGUUCGGCACCCUCAGACAAAGCACAUGGAAAAGCUGUUGUAGUAAGUGAUGAUUAUAUGGGCAGAAAGGAGCACGAACCCGAAUCUAUAGCUUUUGCGUUGCUUCUCAGUCUCCUGAACCAGCCUCUUUAUUUGAGAAGUGUGGCUCAUCUCGAACAGGUAUUUCUUUUCACAGUGAUAUGUUUUAGCUUUGUUUAG